CGUCCUAUGAACUAUGAGCAACCUUAAAAGUACGAAAACAUGUACAUAAAGCGUAUCAGAAUAACCUUCUCCGCUGAACGUGUUCUUCCGCUCAUUGGGGAAAACAAAAUCCUGCCGUACCGCAUUGUUGGAGAUAAGUGGUGUACAUGCGAGAUUCGAAGUCACAUUGUGCAGCAGUCAUUGAGCCAUAUAUCAUUCAUUUCGUGUCCUUUAGAGAAAACGUCUCGGGCAGACUUGGAAGACAAACGUGAUAAACUAAAACCAGCAAUAUAAUAUAAGGUUGGCUCGUCAGCGAGUAUCUUGUACUAACUUCUCAAAAAAAUAAAUGCUACUGCUGCAGUUACAAGAGGCUGAUAUUUUACUUUGUG